AUAUAUACAAUGGGAACAGUCUUGAGCAUCAACCCAAAGGAUCGUCAUAAUCCUAUUUACUCGGGUCAGCACUACUUUCAAUACAGGCAACAAAAUGAAUUGAAAAAGGAAUACAACGCCGAAAAUGUCCACUCAAAUGAGUCGCAACUGAAUAAUUUCUCUUACGAGCAAUUGAAUAAUGCAAAAAAUCGGGAAAACAGAAAAGUUAAUUGUGCGAAUUUUUCGAAUAAUGGUAAUAACAACCACACCAGUUGUUCCAAUGUCAAAUUAAGCAAUUUAAAUACAAACAAUCUACAUCAAAUAAACAACAGCACGAAGGAUACCAUAAAUAAUGAAUUAGAUAUACAUAAUGAAAACUCAAUUAUAUUGACAGAAAAGAGUACGUUGGAAAAAAAUUUAAAAAAACACUCAUUGUUUAUGAAUGCACUUUCAUGGAAAAAAAUUUCGUCUCAUAGCAAGAAAAAAUUCGAAAAUAAGUCUAAGUGCUCCAAUUUACCUAUUUCCAAUUGCAAGUCUCAGUUUAGCGACCAAAAUAUUUCUUCUGCGGGCGAUAAAAAUAAGAACGCAAGACAUAGCUUUAUAUAUAUGGACGAACACCAGGCUUUCAACACUGACGCAAACCAAGAAUCAUGUUUGCGCUAUUUGUCAUCAAAUAAAGAUAAACUGAAAAAUACUUUGGACAUUGUAAAAGUUAAUAAUACAAAUAAUGUUUCCAACUACAAUAAAUUAGUACAAAAACAACCUCUAGCAAUAUCCUUGCCAACGCAGUUACAAUCAUCAGCUCUGCAAACCAAAAUAAAUAAUAAUGGACCGCGAAAAACCGUAAUACAG